AUGUUAUACUUAACUCUACUAAGAAACAAAAUGGAGGUCAUUAAUGUUGGUGUUGAUGCUAAUGGUGACAUUGAUGUUGCUGUUGGUGUUGAUGUUGAAGUUGAUAUUGAAGUUGAUAUUGAUGUUGAAGUUGAUGUUGAUGUUGAUAUUGAUGCUGAUGUACGUUCAUUAACAUCAUCACGUAGUACACAUAGUCGAUGA